UACCAUAAAUAGUAAAUUAAUAUAUCUUUUUGUAUAAAAUAUUAUAGAAAUACAGCCAUACUAUGGAGUAUAUUAAAAGCACCAAACACAAUCAUUGACAUUAUCACUUUUUAAAAUAAAAAUGUUUAUUUAAAAAAAAAAAAAAAUCAAACAUUAUCAUAUUUGUUUUCUUAGAAAAAAAAAAAUAAAUUAAAAAAUCCAUAAGAAAGUCGUCUACCUAGAGAAAGAAGCAAACCAUGGAGGGAGGAGGAGGAGAGAGAAGGCCUUUGCUUGAUGAGGAUGAUGGGUCGAAACCCAAUUAUGAGGAUGAAAGCUCAUCAGCAACACCCGUCGUUGUUUUCAGCACUUUGGUUGCUCUAUGUGGCGCUCUCUGUGCUGGUUGCAUUGUUGGAUACUCUUCACCUGCUCAAUCUGGAAUCAUGGAAGACUUGGACAUCUCUGUUAAAGAUUUCUCAGUUUUCGGUUCGAUGGUGACAAUUGGAGGAAUGAUAGGUGGAGUAUUGAAUGGGAAGCUGGCUGAUCUUACAGGUCGUAGAGCUACAAUGUGGUUAUCUGAAGCACUAAGCACUACAGGUUGGCUGGCUAUAGCAUUUGGAAAGAAUGUUAGGUGGCUGGACUUUGGAAGACUGUUACUUGGAUUUGCAGACGGGCUUAUUUGUUACACGGUACCCGUAUACAUUGCUGAAAUAUCUCCCAAGAGUAUUCGUGGAAGAUUUACUUCUGCAUAUCAGUUGUUGCUGUGUUGCGGGAUUUCAUUAAUGUACUUCAUUGGAAAUACUGUUAGCUGGCGCACCCUGGCUCUAAUUGGUGCCAUUCCAUCUCUCUUACAUAUUUUAGGAUUGUUCUUUAUUCCUGAGUCACCUAGAUAUCUGGCGAAAAUUGGUAAAUACAAAGAGCUUGAAACUGCUCUGCAGAGUCUGAGGGGGAGAAAUGCUGAUGUCUCUGAGGAAGUAGCUGAUAUUAGAGAUUACACAGAAGCCUUUCAGCAGCACUCGGAAAGAAUUCUGGACUUGUUCCAAUGGCGAUAUGCACAUGCACUUAUUGCCGGAGUUGGGUUAAUGGUACUGACACAAUUUGGGGGGAACACAGCAAUUCUUUUCUACUCUAGCUCUAUUUUUAGAGAUGCAGGAUUUUCAAGCAGAGUUGGAACUGUAUCAGUGGCCAUUAUACAAAUACCUGCUGUUGCAUUGAGUGUGCUACUGACAGAUAAAUUGGGUAGAAGACCACUUCUAAUGAUUUCAGCAGCAGGAACAUGUUUUAGCAGCUUUCUUCUUGGCUUGUCAUUCUUAUUUCUGGGAGUCCAACAGUUGCAGCAUCUCACUCCUACAUUGGUGUACGUUGCUAUAAUGGGUUUUACUGUAUCAUUUGUAAUGGGGUUGGCAGGACUACCUUGGGUUAUAAUGUCAGAGAUAUUUCCUAUAAAUGUCAAGGGUUCAGCUGGAAGCCUUGUGACUUUGGCAUGUUGGUCAUGUUCUUGGAUAGUUACAUACAACUUCAAUUCCAUGAUGGAGUGGAGCUCCUCAGGAACAUUUUUCAUCUUCGCGGCCAUUGGCGGCAUAACUGUAAUUUUCAUUGCAAAGCUAGUGCCAGAAACUAAAGGGAGAACUUUAGAAGAGAUACAAGCAUCAAUUUCACAUUUUAUUUAGCUGUUGGAAGACAUAACCAUUGGGGCUAGUUCAAGCAUUCAUUAUAAAUAAGAAAACUAAUAAUACUAAGUUAAUACCCAUGUAUUAAAUAUAUUGUACUACUGUAAAUAGUAUACAUAUUUUCCUUAUUGGGAUCCUAAAGUCACCAAUUUAAUAAUAUGUUGUUUUGAUGGUUUGAACCCCUAA